UGCCUAACACUUUCUGAAGGUCUUCCAGUCUCAGUCCAAUAUAAAUCGGUAAACUGCCACCGUUCCUCAGUGGUCCAACAUGAUUUGGCUCGUGGCUUUGCUGUCCUGCUUUGGGUUGAUCUGUGCUGAAGCACCCCUCAACCAUAAGGUGCACAAUCAGAGGGUGAUAGGAGGCAGCAAUGCUCCACGCGGCCAAUGGAAAUGGCAGGUUUCUCUCCAGCAGGAUGCAUACAAUGAUGGUUCAUACUACCACCUCUGUGGAGGCACCGUCAUUGAUCCCUACAACGUUAUGACUGCAGCUCACUGUAUCCUCAGCAUGGAUGCCAGUACUUACCGUGUGGCGGCAGGUGAGUACAACCUGUAUGAGUAUGAUGGCAGUGAGCAGUUCAUCCGUGUAGAAAGGAUUACCGUCCAUCCUGGGUGGACUGGUGACCUUGGCAAGGGAAAUGAUAUUGCUAUACUGAGGCUGGCUGGUCCAGUGUAUGUCAGCAGCUAUGUGGAUAUCGCCAACCUUCCUUACCCUGGUCAGAUGCUGCCUCAUGGCUACCAAUGUUACAUCUCUGGCUGGGGUCUUAUGGACUCCAUGGGGAGCGUCCCUGCCAUCCUGCAGGAAGCUAUCCUCCCUGUGGUCGCACAUUCAGUCUGCUCCCAGCCUAACUGGUGGGGCAGCAUUGCUCUGAAAACCAUGGUGUGUGCUGGAGGGGAUGGAGUCGUAGCAGGUUGUCAGGGCGAUUCUGGAGGUCCCCUGAACUGUUACACCGAUGGAGCUUGGAGAGUCCAUGGUGUUGUCAGUUAUGGUCCAGGUGGCAUGUGUAACCAAGUGACUAAGCCCACUGUCUUCACCAGAGUCUCUUCCUUCAUUGACUGGAUCCAUUCAGUUCUGUAAAAUCUACAUAUGGAAAAGUGUUCAUCCACACAGAACCAGUGAAAUAAAAGACAUAUGCAUUAAAUAAUA